AGCUGCAGGCCCCAGGUGGAGGUGGAGGGGCAGGUGCAGGGGGGACACCGUGCUGCCGGCCUCCCUGUACCCAGCAGCCAGCCCAGGUUCAGCCGCUGCAGCUGCCCGACGGCUAGAGAUAGAACGACGUUCCCUGAGUCCCCGUCGGCUGUCCUGUCUUGUCUUCUCUGCAGACUCCUGGAGAAUAUUCCUGAGGCUUCGGGGAGGCCCAGCCUCAGCAUCUGCGGGGCCGUGGCCCUGUGCUGGCUCUCCUGGAACUUCACUCCUGUGUCCUCCUGUCACUGACCUGCUUCACAGGGACUCUCGGGAAGGAAUCCUCUGGGAGCACAGGGGAAGGCCAGGUGGGGCUGGGGGGUCCAGGACCCUGCUGCCUGGGAGGUCGGGGCACCUGGCACCGUCGCCGAGUCCAUCAGCACUACGGUGGCUCGGGUGUCCGAAGGGACCUCCUGUGCUGCAGAGGUGGGCUCCUGACCAUGUGGCCUGGGACAGCUGCUUUGGGAACAUCCGGCUACUUGGAUGCUGCUUUUCUGGAGCUGUGGUUGGCCCAUUCCAAGUCCCACCUGUGCCCAUCACUCAGGGGGCUUUGCACAGGUCUGAGUUGGGGGAGGCUGAGGCUACUUGUUCCCCACACUAGCACAGUGUUUUUUAGGAGCUUUUCAGGCCUCUGCUCUUAAAAAGUACGUAGGGGACACGCUCUUUUAGAGCAAACAUAGGCUGUAGCACGUAGGUUUUGUUAACGAGUCUGUCAAACAGGUAAUGUGAAAGUGUGUCCUCCUGGAUGCCGGUGGUGGUUGUUUCCAACGUGAAGGACCAUCAGGAUGCUCUGUAGGGACGAUUGCUCACCUGUUUCUGCAGUUACCAAACAGAUUCUCUUACCCUAAAUUUUGCUCACUCCUCGAAGCUCUGCAACUGGUAGAAGAGGUUGCCAGUGCCCGGUAUUAACCACCACCGACACGUGCGUUUUGCGAAUACGUUCGGAGCAUCUGUUACGUUUUAGGAGUUGUCUGAGUGCUCUGAGCCGCUUAGGAACGAGACUCUUUGCCCAAGGAAGGGGAAGAAGCCGUUUAACAGCCCUUUCCUGUAGUAGUAGAAACAACUAAUCCUCACUCUCGGCCACGAGCAUGUGCAGCAGUUCAUCCAGGUUGCAUUUGUGUUAGCCUCUGUAUCCUAACUUAAAAACACAAACAGGAACCAGGCGGUUAAAACUAGAGGACUUUGGCAUAGUUGGUUCAGGCCUGUUUGGCUUCCGAGGAAACGGGGAAGGCAGCGCCCGUGCCCGACGCUGGCAAACGUCCCCAGGUGCCCCCAGGGGAGCGUGCAGAGUAGAAUGAGCCUGGAUUGGGGAAGCCAACGGUGCUGUACAUCGGGGGGUGUCGCAGUUACUUGGUGGGGCCCCAGAUCCAGGGAGAGUUCCACAGUGGCCGCCGCCACGGGCGUUUUCUGUCUCAGAAAUGACAUUGAUGCCUUCGGCACGGUGGUGUCUGGCUGGGCGCUGGGAAUGGGUCACUCCCAUCCAGGACCAGCUGAGACCCGAGUUCGGGGUAAAUGGGUGUUUUUGCCGUGUACUGACAGUAACGGCGACAACAAAAUCCCUGGGCUCCGUCCAUCCAUGGUUUUUUUUUUUUUUUUUUUUUGGUCCAUCCAUGUUUGUAACAGAAACUGGCCCCGAGCCGUGAAGCUGCUGACGCUUCCUCCCAUGGAGCACUGAGUGCAGAGUCCCACGCUCACGGCUCGAUGAAACUUGUCCGGUAGAGCCCGUCCUCAGGCUCUGCACAAGGCCCUUCUGUUGGGAGCAGAUACACUGAUCAUUGUGUGUGGGGGGGCGGGGGGCGCUCUCAUCGUCAAGGGAUGGAGCCCGGCCCAUGUCCCAGAGUCCCAUCUCCCCACCUCUCUGUCCCCUCCUGACGUUGCUGCUGCCCUCGUGGACAGAGCUACUGCCCGAGGGACCAGAUGUCCAAUACUUCGGGGCCUCCCUUGGCUUUCCUCCCCGCAGCCUUACUGCGAUCUACUCUGAGUCUGAGUCGACCAGAGACAAAUUUGCUCCUCUGAGCUCGGAUCUUCCCAGCCACCGGGGAGGGACGCAAGGUCAGACUUGGAUCAUGGACGUCCUUAAAAGGACGUUGAUGGUCAACUCCCGAAUCUUACCAAUGAGAACAGGAGGCCCCGAUAGCCUGUGUUUUGGGGAGGCUGAAGUUGGGUGAUUAAAACAUGCCUUGAAAAGUAUAAAGUGCUCCCCAGACGUAAAAGUUACGUGGAUAUGUGUGUGUUGUGGGUUUGUGGAUGUCUGCCGACUUUAGAGCUGUGUAAAUGACUUCUGACUUUGGGACAGUUCCACUUAUCUCAGGAAUCACAGGUGGGACUACCUCUCAGUUGAUGUGUUAGAACUCACCCGGUAGGGCCGCCUAGGGGGGCUCAGCGGUUGAGCGUCUCCCUUCCGUUCAGGGCGUGACCGCGGGGUCCUGGGAUUGAGUCCUGCAUCGGGCUCCCUGGGGGAGCCCACUUCUCCCUCUGCCUGUGUCUCUGCUUCUCUGUGCAUCAUUCAUGCAUAAAUAAUAUCUUUAAAAAAUAAGUAAAUAAAGAGGAAGAGAUCCGUGUAGCUGUUAAUAAAGUGGAUUCUGUUUAAGAACGCCUUUCAGCCUCCCGUCGGCUCUGAGGUCCUGUUCUGGUUAUGAGACCUUGUAUUGUGCAAGAGGACCCGAUGCUUCCCCCCCCCAUCCUCAUUUUUCCCUCAAGGAAAGAGGCCACAGCUACUUUCUUAGGUAAACUAGAUUCUGAAAGUCCUGAGUGUGCUGGGUGGCCUCUGCGACCUGCCUGGCUCUUGUCCGAAGGGCAGCGUUGGGUAAAACCCCCUCCACCGGGUAGCCUUGCCUGUUCUGGGAUGGCUCACUCCCUAGGUAAUUGUGAACCUUCUAGAUGCCGCUCUGGGCAGAGCUCCCAGCCUCAAAUCCUACCCUUGGGAGAGAUGGGAGCCUGAGGAACUGGUUUAGGAAGACCCAUCAUCGGGCUCCGGGCUGCUGCCUCCCCCCACAACAGGUCAGACGGGGAGGCACAGGGAAGAAGGGGUCUCCUAGCACCCUCCCUCUGCUGCCCUUCUCUAGGUUCCCUGCCCCCCCCCCCCAAUGUCAGGGAAGGAAGUGGAGUCUCCUACUUCCCUCUCUCCCUUACUGAUGUGUGCACGCCCAGAAGUGCCGCCCGUGUGACCCAUCCGUAUUGUUGGAUGAGUCUGCACAAAGCUUUCAAGUUGUUUGGGACGAAACGAAUGCCUUUGCAUGUCCAUUCCCUCCUCGGGGUUGCUCCGCUUGAACCCGGGCAUGCUUCCUUUCCGGGGGGGGGGGGCAACUGCCCACCACCCUGACUUCUUAGCAGUUGAGUUCCUUUGUUCAAGAAAACGAGCGUGCAACUGGCUCUGCACACAGAGCUCGGCCGCUUGCUCAUGUUGUGAGCGGCUGUGCUACGGACGUCAGGAGGGAUCACAGCGGUGCGAGCAGGCUGGCUGCUUUCCCGCCCCCCGGGCAGCUCUAGCAUGUGCUGUUCUCUCCGUCAUGGCCUGGAAAAUACUUCCAGACCCUGGAGUCUUUGCUUUUUGUCUUCUCCCACUGUUGGUACCACAUGGCAUUGACAGCUGAGCCCCACUUCGCUGGCGUGAACACCUUGUGAUCCCUGGAGAUCUGAAUGAAAAUGUGUCUCAAGUUGGUCCAAUCUAAACAAGGUGCCUCCUAAAAGCCCUGAUGUCUCAAAACCAUAAGUAAAGAGAAGACUCAACGAUAAGUCUCCCGCCCCCCUCUGCACACACUUAACUUCUUUAUGUCACUUUUUCCAUUCCAGCAGCUGGCCUCCAGGUGUGUGCUUGUUUGGGCAGCGGACCUCAGAGCAGAGAGGUUGCGGCUGAACUCCGAGCCGGGGGUGCAGUGAGCUCGCUCUCUGCCUUCUGCGUGAUCGGUGCGCCUCUGGAGCUACUGUGCAUCACCAGCAAGGCCAGUUUGAGCUGACAAUCGGGGAGAGAAAGAGAGAUUUUUAAAAGUUUCUAGAGCUAUUGGGCAAAAGUCAGAUGAGAAGCAACAGGAUGUUGGAAAUCUGGCCCAGCACAGCUGAGUUACCAUCACAGUAAGGUUCAGGGGGCAGGGGCACCCGGGGGCUCAGCGGUGGAACACCUGCCUUCAGCCCAGGCCGUGACCCUGGGGUCCUGGGAUCGAGUCCUGCAUCGGUCCCCCUGCAGGGAGCCUGCUUCUCCCUCUGCCUGGGUCUCUGCUUCUCUCUCUGUCUCUCAUGAAUAAAUAAACAAAAUCUUUAAAAGAGAGAGAGAGAGAGGAGGGAGGGACCAGGUGAGGAGGACACAGCGUCUGCCCACAGGAACAGAGCUCUUACCUCGAGCCCAGGCCCUCGGACUUUCAGCUUCCGGAGCCAUAUGGUGAGACCCCGGGGUGCAUGCUGCAUGUGUUGCAGACGCCCCCGUCUGCGGUCUCCUAUCAGAGCCACCCGAGCUGAGACGCUGCCCUGCAGCAGGUGGUUCUGGAAGUUGCUGAUUCCUGCUGGAUAUCUGUGGCUCUGGGCCUCGAAUGUGCAUCUCGCUGUAAUGGGCACCCCCUCCCCCGCAGACACCCCGGUUAACAUGGGAGGGGACUGCUGGACUGGAAGGUGCAUCUCGCUGUAACGGCACCCCCCCCACACACACAGACACCCCAGUUAACAUGGUGGGGACUCCUGGACUGGAAGGUGCAUCUCGCUAUAAUGCCCCCCCACCCACUGCAGACCCUGUGCCCCUCUCUGCGCCCCUCUUGGAAUUUCCUGAUGAGCUUGUGACGCCUCCCAAGCCCGAGGACGGCCCCACCCUCCCUCCUGUCGUCCUGCACCUGGCCGGGCUCAGGGAGCCAGCUGUGCCGUCGGGGCUGUGUGUCCCCGCCAGGGCGCCAGGGUGCUGGGAGCGAGGCGGUCCAGCUGUGAUCCUGGCCCCGAGUGAGGAGCCUGGGCGUCUGGGCUGCUCCCUGCUCUCCUGUGCAGGCGGCCCCAAUACGGCGGUUCUGGAGGCCCCGCUAGGGCAACACAGGGGGCUGCCUCACAGCAGCGCUGGGAAUCUGGGGUAUGGAUUUUAGUUGCAAGCCUGGGGGGGACAGCUGGAGGAGUCCCCGCCCUGGGCUUGUCCACUGGACAGGGAGUAGGCCGUCCAUGAAGAUCUCCGGAACCUGCUGGACGUAAAUAGCCUUCCGGCCCACAGGUUGGUCAACACCAGCUUGGCUGCCACAGGUACCUUUGGCUUUCUGACCUUCGAGCCGUUAGUGUCCAGGAUGUCCUGGCCUAUGACCCGCCUGCAGAGCCUUGUCCAUGAGCCACAGUCAGCAGAAACCAGAGACAGGGCAGGGUGGCUUGGGCAGCAGGGACCAGUCCCGCCACGCUGGGUGGCCAGCGAUGGGUCACCCCCAGAGGACCACAGAGUAGGCCAUCUCGUGAUUUUUCUGGAACCUUUAACCUCUUAGAAAUUAUUUAUUCUCAAAAUUCCAGUAUAGUGAACGGGCAGUGCUGUAUUAGUUCCAGGUGUAUAAUACACUGAGUCAACAAUCCUGCAUGUAACUCAGUGCUCUUCACAAUCCGUGUAUUGGUACUGCCCUUGGCCUAUUUGCCCCGUCCCCUGACCCGCCUCCCCUCUGGUGACCAGCAGUGAGUUUUCUGUAGUUAAGAGUCUGAUUUUUUUUAUCUUUUUUCUUUGUUUUCUUUCCUAAAUUCCAUAUCGGAGUAAAAUCAUACAGUUUUUGUCUUUGACUGGCUUAUUUCACUUAGCGUAAUACCCCCUAGAUCCAUCCAUGUUGCUGCUAAUGGAAAGAUCUCGUUCUUUUUCAUGGCUGAGUAAUAUUCCGUGGUGUAUAGGUACCACAUCUUUUUUUUUUUUUUUUUUUAGGUACCGCAUCUUAAUGCAUUUAUUUACUGGUGGGCAUUUGGGCUGCUUCCCUAAUUUGGCCAUUUUAACUAUUGCCCCAGUAAACAGGGGCGCAUGUAUCUUUUAAAAUUAGUAUUUUCGUUUUCUUUGGGUCAAUACUUAGUAGUGGAAUUACUGGAUCAUACAGUAAUUCUACUUUUAACUUUUUGAAUAAUUUUGUCUUCCACAGUGGCUGCACCAGUUUGCAUUCCCACCAAUCCAAGGGUUCCUUUUUCUCUGCAUCUUUACCAACAGUUGUUGCUUCUUUCUCUUUCUUUCUUUCUUUCUUUCUUUCUUUCUUUCUUUCUUUCUUUCUUCUUUCUUUCCUUUCCUUUUUUUUUUUUAAUUCUGAUCAUUCUGGUAGGUGUGAGGUGAUAUUUCACUGUAGUUGUGAUGUGCAUUUCCCUGAUGAUGAGUGAUGUGGAGCAUCUUUUCACAUGUCUGUUGGCCAUCUGUGUGUCUUCUCUGGAGAAAUGUUUGUUCAUGUCUUCUGCCCAUUUUUAAAUUGGAUUAUUUCGUUUUUUUUUUUUUUGAUGUUGAGUUGUGUAAAUUCUUGUUUUUUUUUUUUUUUUUUUGAUGUUGAGUUGUGUAAGUUCUUUAUAUAUUUUGGGUAUUAACUCCUUAUCAGAUGUGUCAUUUGCAAAUAUCUUCUCCCAUUUGGUAAGUUGUCUUUUGGUUUUGUUGAUGGUUUUCUUCACUGUGCAGAAGCUUUUUAUUCUGGUAUAAUCCUAAUAGUUUAAUUUUGCUUUUGUUUUGUUUUGUGAAUUUUGUUUGCCAUAGAAGACAUACCUCGAAAAACUCUUCUGUGGCUAAUGUCAAAGAAAUGACUGCCUGUGUUCUCUUCUAUGAAUUUUAUGGUUUCAGGCCUCACAUUUAGGUCCUUAAUCCAUUUUAUUUUUGUGCAUGGUGUAAGAAAGUGGUCCAGUUUCAUUUUUUGGCAUGUGGCUGUCCAGUAUUCCCAACACCUUUGUUGAGGACAUUUACUUAUUUCUGGACUCUCUAUUCUAUUGAUGUGUCUAUGUCUAUUUUUGUGCCAGACCAUACUGUUUCCAUGACUAUAGCUUAGUCAUAUAUCUUGAAAUCCAGGAUUGUGAUGUCUCCAGGUUUAUUCUUUUUCAGGACUCCUUUGGCUAUUCAGGGUCUUUUCUGGUUCCAUACACAUUUUUGCAUUAUUUGCUCUAGUUCUGUGAAAAAUGCUGCUGGUAUUUUGAUGGGGAUGACAUUUUUUAAAAAGAUUUAUUUAUUUAUGAUAGACAUAGAGAGAGAGAGAGGCAGAGACACAGGAGGAGGGAGAAGCAGGCUCCAUGCAGGGGGCCUGAGGCGGGACUCGAUCCCGGGACUCCAGGAUUGCGCCCUGGGCCAAAGGCAGGCGCCAAACCCCUGAGCCACCCAGGGAUCCCCAGGGAUGGCAUUAAAUAUACAGAUUGCUUUGGGUAGUAGGGACAUUUUAACGAUACUCGUUCUCCCAAAUCAUGAGCAUAGAGUAUCUUUCCAUUUGUAUCUUUUUUGACUUCUUUCAUCAUUGUUUUACAGUUUUCAGGGUACAGGUCUUUUACUUUCUUGAUUUGCUCCUGGGCAUUUUAUUAUUUUUGGUACAAUUGUCAAUGUGAUUGUUUUCUUAAUUUCUCUUUCUGCUGCUUCAUUAGUAGCGCACAGAAAUGCAACACAUUUUGGUAUAUUGAUUUUUGUCUCUUUAAGCUCUCAUUUCUUGAGCCCGUACUAUGUGUCCUAAAAGCUCUAUCAGCAGAGGCAAGGUUCUGAGAGGGUAAACCGUUUUCCCGAGAUUAUGUUCUAGGGAAGAGAUGGCAUGUGGAGAUGGACCCGGAUGUAUCUGGCUUCUAGUCUCUUCUUACUGCUUUGUCACUUGUGGAGAUGCCUUGGGUGUCCCACAGUCCAUCUGCCUGUCUCUGAGUUUUCUUCUCUAAAGGCUAAAUGUCUCCCUGCCCCUCACCUCUGUGUCCAAGGACUUCACCUUUCUGGUCUGACCACGUUCCCUCAGUUGUGUCCUUUGUCUCAGAGAACAAAUGAACCAGUCAAUUUGUUGCCAAUGAAUGAGAAUGGGCUACUCAUGUUCCUUACCUCUGGAAAUAGCAUUUUACCUUAAUAAGAGCUUUCUGGAGGCAUGAGGCCAUCAGGCCCAUUAACAUCAUGGCUGCUGUGAGCCCUACACACUUUUGCUCUCAUGGUCUCCCCCUCCAUGAAGAGAAAUCUAAAAACCACUUUUUAACCACUGUAUUGGUACAAAGGUGAAUUUAAUCCAGGCAGGAUUCAUUAUUAUAUUGAAGAAACCUCCCCCCUUGUAAGUAGGGCCAGCCCUAAUCCAGAGGCAGCCCAUCCAGGCGCCUUCCUGAAAUUUUAGCAACUAAAAGCAUUCUGUUUACAAUAAGAAAACCAUUCCCCCCACACCCUGAUUGGAAUGUCCCUGAAUAGGUUCAUGUUGACUCUCUGUGAAAUCAACCUGGAUGCUAUGCGACUCCCGCGGUUCUUUUGUCUUUAGGCGGUUUCUUUCCUUUUGCCUUUAAAGAUCCCAGUAAUUGCUAAUCGGGGCUCUUUUCCUCCUCGGAGGUGGAGAGCCCGUUUGGGCAAACGUUCAAUAAACCCUCUUGCUAAUUGCAUCUGCAUGUCUGGGGUCUGAGUCUCUGGGGCAUCCACUGGGACACGUUGGCACCCGUGAGCCAGGGUCCAACAUUUGGGGGCUCGUCCGGGAUCUGAGACGCCCCAGACUCAAUCCUAAGACCGGUAGGAGGUAAGACCGAGCUCGCUAAAUGUCAUAUCUGUCUCGUCCGUUUGUCUGACUGGCCGGGUCUGUUUUGUGCCGGGUCUGUAUUGUGCUUGCAGGACGCUGUACUCUGUAUUCUGUAUUUGGACCAGCGGGGGAGGCAGACGUGCCCGAGACCCCUGGUCCCCCUCCGGAGUCGGACUCCGGAGUGGUCUGGAAGAGGAACGGAGCCCCGGCACUCCCUCCUCUUCGGGGAGGGUCGUGGUUCGCGACCGCUCCCAUCUGAAUCUGCCGCGCCAGUCCUGUCGUUCGUGUGCGUCUGUUCGUUCCGUGUUUUUCUUCCUUUCCUGUCCUCCUCCUCACCGCUCACCUCUUCUCUACACCCCCGGGGCAGACUGUAACCACCCCUUUAAGCCUCACUCUAGAUCACUGGAAAGAAGUCGCCGGCCGGGCACACAAUCUUUCGGUCGAAGUCACAAGACGAAGAUGGGUCACCUUCUGCUCCUCAGAGUGGCCGGCUUUCAACGUCGGGUGGCCCAGGAACGGAACUUUUAAUAUUGACAUUAUCUUGCAGGUGAAGGCCCUGGUCUUGCAGCCAGGACCCAAUGGACACCUCGACCAGCCGACCUGGGAUGACUGCCAACAGCUCCUGCAGACUCUCCUCACCACGGAGGAGACACAGCGCGUCUACCUCGAAGCUCAGAAAAACGGCCCCGGGGGCGGAUGGGAGGCCGACCCAGCUGCCUAAUGAGAUUGAGGAUGUUUUCCCCUUGGUUCGCCCGACCUGGGACUACGACACUGUUGCUGGUAGGGAGCGGCUCCGUCUCUAUCGCCAGGUACUCCUAGCAGGUCUCAAAGGGGCAGGGCGUCGCCCCACCAAUUUGGCAAAGGUACGUGCUAUAGUGCAGGGAAAGGAUGAGACGCCGGCAGGUUUUCUGGAGAGGUUAAUAGAAGGCUAUACUGGCCACCGUAGUACAGGGCUCAGGGCAGAGUAAGUCAGGACAGAGUAGGGACCUGGGAGACAAAAGAGGACCACGGGUUGAACGAGACCAGUGUGCCUACUGCAAGGAAAAAGGACAUUGGGUUAAAGAUUGCCAAAGGAAGGGCCAAACGCAGGGACCUAAAAAGAAGCCCAUUCCUGUUUUGUCCCUAGAAGAUGAAGAUUAGGGGUGUCAGGGCCAGGAACCCCCCCUCCCGAGCCUCGGAUAACCCUUAAAGUGGGGGGACAGCCGGUGACCUUCCUGGUCGAUACGGGGGCUCAACAUUCAGUUUUAACUGAGGCAAAAGGACCCUUGAGCUCUAAAACGUCUUGGGUUCAGGGGGCAACUGGAGGCAAGUUAUAUCGAUGGACAACCGAACGGAAGGUCCACCUGAGCACUGGGCAAGUAACGCAUUCCUUCUUACUGGUCCCAGACUGCCCUUACCCUCUCCUAGGCAGAGACCUUCUUUCAAAAGUAGGGGCCCAGAUACAUUUUCAGCAAAAAGGGGCCACUAUUACUGGCGCGGGAGGGCAGCCCCUCCAGGUACUGACCUUGCGCCUAGAGGAUGAACACCACACGGCUGCACGAGGACUCUCCACCGUCCGUGCAGCCCCUAGAUUCUGAAUGGCUCACUAACUACCCUCAGGCCUGGGUGGAAACGGCCGGAAUGGGACUAGCUGUAAACCAGCCACCCAUAAUUAUAAAUUUAAAACCCUCGGCCACCCCCAUAUCGAUCCGGCAACAUUCAAUGAGCAAAGAGGCCAAAGAAGGCAUUCGGCCACAUAUACAGAGACUAUUACAAUUGGGCAUUUUAAUACCUUGCCAGUCGCCCUGGAAUACUCCUCUAUUACCCGUAAAAAAACCUGGCACAGGAGAUUACCGGCCGGUACAAGAUUUAUGAGAGGUUAACUGGAGGACAGAGGACAUACAUCCCACGGUGCCGAAUCCCUACAACUUGCUCAGCACCUUACCCCCAAGCCAUGUCUGGUAUACGGUGUUAGAUCUAAAAGAUGCAUUCUUUUGCCUAAGGUUAAGCUCUCAAAGCCAGCCUAUUUUUGCCUUUGAAUGGAAAGAUCCUGAGACAGGAUUCUCAGGACAACUCACUUGGACAAGGCUGCCACAGGGAUUCAAAAACUCCCCCACUUUGUUCGAUGAAGCCUUGCAUCGGGAUUUGGCAGAUUUCCGAGUUGGCCAUCCGGACCUCGUCCUCCUGCAGUACGUGGAUGAUUUGCUCCUGGCGGCUAGGACAGAACAGGAUUGUGUAAAAGAAACCGAGUCCCCCUCCCUAGUAAUGCAUGAUUGCCACCAGAUCCUAGCUGAAGUCCAUGGCACCAGAGGGGACUUGACGGACCAGCCUUUGCCAGAUGCUGAAGCAACCUGGUACACCGAUGGGAGUAGCUUUCUACGAAAUGGUGAGCGUAAAGCCGGGGCAGCCGUGGUAGAUGGGAAAGCUGUCAUUUGGGCCAGUGCCUUAGAGCCUGGGACUUCAGCUCAAAGGGCAGAGCUUAUAGCCCUAACUCAGGCCCUAAGAAAGGCUAAGGACAAAAAGGUCAACAUUUAUACCGACAGCAGAUAUGCUUUUGCAACUGCCCAUGUUCAUGGAGAAAUAUACCGUAGAAGGGGUCUCCUAACCUCAGCAGGUAAAAACAUCAAAAACAGAGAAGAAAUACAAGAUCUUCUCUAUUCCCUCUUUCUGCCGAGAAAACUGAGUAUAAUUCACUGUCCUGGGCAUCAGCGAGGCAAUGACCCAGUAGCAGAGGGGAACAGGAUGGCCGAUGAGACAGCACGGGCCGCUGCACUAGGCCCACAGGCCCUCUCCCUACAAGUACCAGAGGCUGUCUGGACACCGGGGCAACUCUCUCUCGAGUACUCAGACAGCGACCUAGAUAUCGUCCAGCAAAUAGGGGCAAAAUAUGACGAGCAAAUGAAGGUCUGGAAACACCAAGGGAAGACUGUCCUGCCCCAGAAAAGGGCCAAAGAACUGGUGACUCACCUCCACCGAUGGACUCACCUCGGACACAAAAAAAAUUAAAAGCACUCCUCCGGAGAGAAGGUCAGACCUAUUACAUUCCCAAACUCCCCUCCCUGAUCCAACAGGUAACCGACGCUUGUGUACCUUGUGCUAAGGUAAAUACCAAACACCUCAAGAUGCCUGAGGGAACCAGGAUGAGGGGAGAAAGACCCGGAACUAAUUGGGAAGUAGACUUCACCGAAAUCAAGCCAGGACAGGCUAAAGGCGCUCCAGAUUAUCCAGCACCAGAUCUGGAAACCCCUUGCGGCUGUCUACCGCCCCGGAGACACAACCGGCCCACACCCGUUCCAGAUCGGGACUCCGUCUACGUCAGGAGACAUCAGUCCAGGACGCUUGAGCCCCGCUGGAAGGGCCCAUAUACUGUCCUACUGACCACCCCAACCGCCUUAAAGGUAGACGGCAUUGCUGCUUGGGUCCACGCCUCACACGUCCAGCGCGCCCCAUCAACGAGCACCGCUGACGCCAGCCAGGACGGACCGGACGAGCCGCUCCAAUGGAAGCUCCACCACACCCAAAACCCGCUCAAGAAGACUUCCAAAAAUUGUUCAAUGACAGUUGUUAUAUUCCUACCUCUCCUAGCGCUCUUCACCUCCGCCAAAGGUGACCCUCAUGCCCUCAAAAGGUUAACCUGGCAGGUACUAACGUCUGGGGGUGAGGAGGUCUGGUCUAUAACUAAGACCGCCCCCGUGGGAACCUGGUGGCCUAACCUAUAUCCUGACCUAUGCAAGCUAACCAUAGGGGCCCCUAGCCCAUGGGACCUAGAGGGAUACUUCGACACCUCUAGAGCCCCUAACCAAGAAAGCCCUCCAGGGCGACUGGGAGUAGACCCAUGGGGAGGCUGUGGCACGCCUGAAAGAAGGGCCAUGCUAAGCACUCUUCCCUUUUAUGUCUGUCCCGGGCACCACAGAGAUCGCAGGCUAAAUCCCACCUGUGGAGGAGGGGAAUACUUCUAUUGUAAAAAUUGGGGGUGCGAAACUACGGGGGAUACAGAAUGGAGGCCCUCCUCCUCCUGGGAUUAUAUCACUGUCAAGGCUAACUAUACUCACCCGACAUUUAGCAAAUGGAAAACCCUUAAUUAUGGGCCCUGCCAAGGGUGGUGUCAUCCCCUACGGAUAUCCUUCACGGAGCCCGGAAAAAGGGCUACUUACUGGGCCAAUGGAUAUACGUGGGGACUCAGGUUAUACAAAGAAAGAACAGAUGAUGGUUUUAUAUUCAGAAUUAAACUAAAAAUAGAAUCCCCAGACCCCGUGGCGAUCGGGCCUAACUCGGUCCUCCUCGGGGAACAAAGAGCUCCUGCUAAACUACCAGCCCCGCCCUAGCCGCAGGGAGUGCCGCACCCACUAACUUCGCGGUCACUCCAACCCCUCGGUCGUCACCCGAGACGGGACAACGACUGUUUAAUCUUAUCAUAGGGGCAUUCCUGGCCCUUAAUCGAACCAGCCCCGAUGUAACUAAAUCCUGCUGGCUCUGCCUUGCAUCCCCCCCCCCUUAUUAUGAGGGAAUUGCUACUUCAGGGACCUAUAAUAACAUCACUAGCACUCAGGGAUGCACACCCGACUCCCAACCACAAUUCACCCUUACAGAAGUUUCAGGACAGGGAACCUGCAUAGGAACACCCCCCCGGGGCUACCAGAGACUCUGCAACACUACCACCCCGAUUUUGGGGACUGAUUCUUACCUGGAGCCCCAGCCGGGAACUUGGUGGGCAUGCAACAAAGGCCUCCCCCCUGUGUGUCGGCUAAGGUUCUAAAUAGCUCAAACGACUUCUGUGUCAUGGUGCAGAUCAUACCCAGGGUGUUCUAUCACCCUGCUGAAACUCUAGAAAAUCAGUAUGAUAAACAUCCCACCCGUUUUCGGCGCGAACCUGUCUCCCUAACCUUAGCCGUUAUGUUGGGACUAGGGGUCGCUGCUGGGGUGGGUACUGGCGCAGCUGCUCUGAUCCAGGGCUCACGACGACGUUCUAUAGAACUCCAAACAGCUGUAGAUGAGGAUCUACGGACACUAGAGCAGUCCGUUUCUAAGCUAGAACAGUCCCUCACCUCACUUUCAGAAGUAGCACUUCACAACAGGAGAGGCUUGGAUUGACUAUUCCUGAAAGAGGGAGGACUGUGUGCGGCCCUGGGAGAGGAAUGCUGUUUCUAUGCAGACCAUUCUGGAGUCAUCAGAGACUCCAUGGCCAAACUCAGGGAAAGGUUAAAUAAAAGACAAAGGGACCGGGAGGCCCAGCAGGGCUGGUUUGAAAGCUGGUUUGAAAUCAGUGUCCCUGGUUGACCACCCUAAUCUCUACCAUUCUGGGCCCUCUAGUUAUCCUGCUCCUGCUGCUAACUUUCGGCCCCUGCGUCCUCUACCGGCUGCUCCAGUUCAUCCGAGAAAGAUUGUCUAUUACCCAAGCUCUGGUAUUAACUCAGCAAUGUCGGGCCCUCCAAACUGAAGAAAUAAAUGUUCCCUAAGAUUUUAAGGUUAAAAUCAGCCCAAACAAGAGGAGGGAAUGAAGAAACCUCCCCCCUUGUAAGUAGGGCCAGCCCUAAUCCAGAGGCAGCCCAUUCAGGCGCCUUCCUGAAAUUUUAGCAACUAAAAGCAUUCUGUUUACAAUAAGAAAACCAGGGAUCCCUGGGUGCGCAGCGGCUUGGCGCCUGCCUUUGGCCCAGGGCGUGAUCCUGGAGACCCGGGAUAGAAUCCCACGUUGGGCCUCCAGUGUAUGGAGCCUGCUUCUCCCUCUGCUGUGUCUCUGCCUCUCUCUCUCUGUGACUAUCAUAAAUAAAUAAAAAUUUAAAAAAAAAAUAAGAAAACCAUUCCCCCCACACCCUGAUUGGAAUGUCCCUGAAUAGGUUCUUGUUGACCCUGUGUGAAAUCAACCUGGAUGCUAUGCGACUCCCGCGUGUCUUUAGGCGGUUUCUUUCCUUUUGCCUUUAAAAGAUCCCUGUAAUUGCUAAUCGGGGCUCUUUUCCUCCUCGGAGGCAGAGAGCCCGUUUGUGCAACAUUCAA